AAACAGGCAAGGCUUCCAUUACUCACUGCUAACACUACUUUGGUGAAGGUUGAAGAGGAUCCAAAGAUUAUUGCUACAAAGACUGACCAAGAAGAAACAAGAUUGAAGUAAACUACGAUGCUCAAUUUCAUAAGCUUAGUUUUUAUAUUGCUACUUAAAAGAAGUUGUGCAGUGACAGCUAGCAAUGCUUUCAGUACAAUUCAAGUGACUACUGGUGAAAUCAAACAAAAUAUCCAUCCUGAACAUCGCACAACAAUCAGUUUCAAUGAGUUAAAUAGGCUUGCUCCAAGUACUUCACAACCAAUCAAGGUGGAUCAAGUAGAUGAAAAAAUUAAUCAACUCUGGUCAACAACUGAUAUCAAGUCAGAUGGACACCCAGCAACAACAAAAAGCUUAAUAACUUUUCUAAAACGUACUUCGUCAGCAGAAGUGGCAACAAAAGUCAUAACAAGUACAGUACCUCCACUACUAAGAAUUUCCACCCAACACCAAGACAGAGGACUAACUGUUGUAUUCUCUACAAGCAACAUUGGCAACAAACAUUUUUCAACAGACUCAAACUACAAGUCUACCACAACCAAAUACCCAGUGCCUUCUGAGAGCAACCCUACUAAAAUACCUCUGUUUACACAUGGUGAUACAACACAUUUCACUAAGGAAACUACAAUUAUCUUCACCACAAAGGCAAAUAAAAUUGCCCCACAUGAAAACGUUAAGGAAGCAAUUCACGGUGAAGUAGUAGCCGGACUAAUAAGUCUGGCUCUGGGAUUGAUGAUAGUUGGUUUAUUGGUCAUCUAUGUAAAGAAACACAAACUUCAGAAGCAGAAGAUAACAAUGAAUGACUGGGCAGGUCCUACACCAUUUGUCAGCGGUGGAGUGGACUGUGGACAAGAAACACUGAAGUCAUCAAGCCAGAUUUCUAUCACCACCUUCCUGCCUAAGAAACUAUCCAAAAAGAUGUCCUCUCAACCAGAAAUAAUGGAGGAGUUGGAUGAAAUAACUUUAGCAUCUAUCUUUGGAGGUAUAGACUGAGGGAGUAGUUGUUAAACAAGAGUUAGACACAAUUAGGUACUGAGUUACUGGCACAAAAAAGAAUGUGGAAAUUCUGUCAUGUCACAGCUUAAAUAAAAAAAAGCACACAACAAAUUCUGAUUCUAAAAUAAGAAAUCUUUCUCAUUUUUGAAAACAUGAUUAGCCCAAGCAAAUGUAACAAGUAAAGGCUUAAAUAAAACAUACAACAGAGUUUGGAAUGGACUGGUCAAAGCAAGGAUCAUGCACAUAUCUCACGUUUUCCCAUCAUUGAAUAGAUGGAUAAAAUGGUCAAAUGGCUGUUAUUUCACCAAUUUGGCACUCUAUUGAAAGUUAAUGAAUGAGUCACUUUUUGUUUUCUAACAGUGGAAUAUGUUUAAGUCAAUCAUCAUUGGACUGUCUAUUGUCAACAUAAAGUGUUGUCGACAUAACCAAAACCAAAACUGAAACAAGGCAUUACUUGCACAUUCACUUUGACACUUGCCAGAGACAUGAGCAGAAUAGGUGAUAAUAAAGGAUUUUUGAAUGCA